AUCUCUGGGGUUCACCGCAAUACUGACCAAAAUUGUCUGCCUGGUUGCUUCGGCGACGGAACCCAGGCAGCAAUUUUCUGAGGCCGGAGUUGCUCCGCGUCUCUCGCGUCCCUUCCAGAUUCGGCACAAUACGACCAAUGCGCCGAGGCCCCACUUGCCAACUAAGACGAGAUGGAAACAUUUUGACGAUGAAGAAAGAAGUUUCACGAGAUAUAAGUCCCGCUGAAAGUCCCAAUUACGAUAUAAAAAACCUCUUAAAGCCAGAGACUUGCACAAAUUUUUGUUUUCCAGCACAUUGUUGACGUCGCAAAUCAGUCGCCAUGGACGAAUACCACAUCAAACAUACGCCCUGGUACCAGGCCUCCGUUGAGACCUUCAGCACCAAAGCAGCCAAAAAAGAUGCGGCCAGUCCCCAGGAUCCGAACACCACCUCCAACCCGGACAUGAUUGUUGCCGCUCGGCUUCGGCCAAUUUUGGAGGAUGAAGUGUCCGCGGGUCUUAUCCGUGGAGUUUUCCUUCGACCUAGCGGUAAUGGCGCCGUGGACAUCCACCAGAUCCGAAAGCACAUCAAGCCCCUGGGACCUCCGACGCUUACGACCACUUCAGUCCAGCUCGACAAGGCAUACGGCCCAGAAGACACAUCUGAACAGAUCUACCGAGAUCUGGUUGAGCCGUUGGUUCCCUGGGCAUGGAGCGGCGGCGUUAGUACCGUGUUCGCCUAUGGCCAGACUGGCUCUGGCAAGACCUUCACAGUCAGCGAGAUUGAGAAGCUAGUCGCCCAGUCGCUCAUGAGCGGAGGUAUGGAAGGAGAGCGAAAAGUGUAUGCGUGCAUCAUUGAGUUGGCUGACCUCCUGAACUCUCGCAAGCCAAUUUCUGUUUUGGAGGAUUCCUUCGGUGUCACACAGCUUGCCGGCGCUCUGGAGCACGAGAUCACCGAAGCAGCCACUCUACUCGAGCUCAUAGAAAAGGCAGCAACCUUCCGCCGCCCUGCAUCGACGUUCAAGAAUGAUGCAUCCUCUCGCUCCCACGCCAUCUGCCGCAUCCGCAUCGAGAGUCCUAUACCAACAGCCGAAGACGGACUCCUCUACCUCAUCGAUCUCGCAGGCUCAGAGGCCGCCAGAGACGUAGCCAACCACACGCCUGACCGCAUGAAAGAGGCCCGGGAGAUCAACACGAGUCUUUCGGUGCUGAAGGACUGCAUUAGGGGCAGAGCGACCGUUGAUGCGGUUUCUCUAACGGGCAAGACCAAGAACCCGACAUAUAUCCCGUUCCGACAGAGUUCUCUCACCAAGAUUCUCAAGCACGUGUUUGACCCCGCGGGGAGACGCAGCUGUAAGACUGUCGUGCUUGCUUGCGUCAAUCCCAGUCUUCCGGAUGCUGGCGCUGGCAAGAACACGCUAAAGUAUGCCGAGAUGUUGCGGGUGUUGUUGCCCAAAGCCAAGGCUCAGUCCUAUGACCCUGAGACGCCUGCAACUUGGACAAUGAACACUAAUAUGUCGAAGUCCGGAAGCCCUGCCAUAUCUGGAGAACUUGUCGCGCACACCGAGACUGGUCCGCUCCUACUCCGCCUCCCUACGCUCGAAUUCCUCAUCCGCUGCUUGAAGACUCCAGGAGUCGACGAGGAUCAAGCUCGCACCUUUCACGCCGCCACAAAGAAGCCGGAAGUGAAGAGCGAAGCAGAGCCUACCGAAGGAAAGGGCCGGAAGACAGCCAUGAACCAGGAGAUGCUAUCGUCUAGUGUCGACCCGGACCCCAAGGCAGUUGACGCCCCUUUCAAAGAGCGCAUCCGGCCUGGUAUUAUUGUGCGCUGGACUCCGCCUUCAACCUUCCCGAUGGGCCUUCCAGGGCUGAACAUGGUGGUCAUUCUUUCUCCUCAAUCGGCUGUCGGGCCGAAUGUGAGGGAUCUCACUGGUGACUUGGUCAACCAAUCAGGCUUUACUUCGACGAGGGGAACUAAAUAUCUGUGCGCGAUGGUCCUCCCCGGCUUCAUGGCGGAUUCAUAUGAGUGA